UUGGCUACUAUCUUGUAUUUGGAAAUCAGUAGCUUGGAGCGAUCAAAUGGAGAAGGAAAAUCUGAGAGGACGAGCGAGGAAUCCAAGGAGACCCAGAUCCACAAGAUUGUAGAUCCGUUGGAGAGGACACACGGAGGGGCGACGAGAUCGAUCGAUUGGAAGUUGAUUGUUAAUCCUGAUGGUUUAAGAAACCAGCGAAACUCAGAACAAGUAAACGCCUGUUCUGUGUGGUCACGAAAGCAUAAUGAGUCCCAGAUUUGCUGGCGUUUGUUGUCAGCUGAUUCCUCCUCUCUAUAUCCAAUCAAUUGGUUCUCUCUGUCUCUCCCUCAUUUUAAGUUUGUUUCGUCGCUUUUGAAUAAAAUUUCAUCAACGAGUUUACUAUUAAAGACAACUUCAAUCAGUAGGGGAAAACCACCAAGGCCGUUGGCUACCUGGAUUGCAAUUCGUGAUUCGCUGGUCGACGUUAUCGCAGUGGUGAAAGCAGCUGGGUUAAUGUUGGAUGAUGGAUUUUGCCUCUGAGGGAACCUUCUACUCCUAUUACGAAGAGAAAAUGUGGCCACCCGAUGGUUCAAUCGUAAAUCGGAACUUCCAAAAGAUCACUUAGUGAUGAUGUUAGCAUGUUAGUUCUUCACCUAA